CAAUUUCUGACCAUUGCUUGCAAACACACGCAUUGUUCACAUAGUCAUCUUCGUCCACAAAGCUAAAGAUGAUUCCCAGUAACUCCGGAAUAAACAGCACCCUGUGAGGCUGCAUGACAGACAUGAAGGACGCUAGUAUCUGUAAUUUUUGUACAUAGCAGACGAGGCUUGUCAAUCUCGGCAAGUCCCGCCAAGAGUUCCUUGCUUCUGAUUCCUGACUCGGAUCGUCGCUUAUGGCCUAUUAACCCUAGGGCUACACAAACACAGAUGACAGACGUUCCCGCUGUCUCUACUUUCUCGGCCUCAGGAGAGGAUGCGAUUACUCGCACCAUAGAGUUGAAUAUAGAUUCAUCUAAUACGCAAAACAUAGCUCCGUCCGACUUCCUUGAAAUUUACGAGAUCGAACGAACAGUAGCUGCGAUCGUAGAAGGGAACUUCAAACGAAUAGCUCUUCAGUUUCCUGAUGAACUUUUGUGUCAUUCUGUCCCAAUCUACCGUCUACUCAAAAGUAAAGCAGGCGAGGGCCAUGACAUCUACGUUUUAGCCGACACUUCCUACGGAAGUUGCUGUGUUGACGAGGUUGCGGCACAACACGUCGAUGCAGACCUAAUCGUCCAUUACGGCCACGGUUGUUUAAGCCAGCCUUCUAGGCUGCCUGUAGUCUAUGUCUUUGGAAAGAAGCCUAUUGAUGUCGAUGAUUGUAUCGACCAACUCGGUCAAUGUUUAACGACUCAAUUACAGCAAUAUACAACCAGUAACAGUAAUAAUGGACCGACCGUUUUACUUCGCUACGAUGUUGGAUAUUCCUGCCGUGCAGACGUGAUUGCCCAUAGGCUGCAGAAUGAACUGCAGAGCCUGAAUACUAGGGUCUUGCACGACCCACUUCCAACUAGGCUUGAUCCUAAGACCACCGUGCAAAGUUCCAAAACUUCCGAGCAGACUGGUGCAGAGUCCAAUGAAGAUGGUUUCACGAAUGUCAUUAUCGCAUAUAUUGGUGGCGAAAGCCUCAACCUUACAAAUUUAUUGAUCACGCACUCUCAUUGCGAGGUGUAUGCAUACGACCCCUCUACGAGAUCGGCUCACUUGCAAUCGCAUAGGACUAAUAAAUUGUUAAUGCGACGCUUCGCGAUGGUCCAGAGGGCACGAGAUGCAGAUGUUUUUGGUAUCCUUAUAGGCACUCUUGGAGUUACAUCAUAUCUACCCCUCAUUGCCCACGUCAGAAAGCUUCUAGCUCGCGCACAGAAGAAAAGCUAUACGAUUAGCGUCGGCAAGCUGAAUCCUGCGAAGCUCGCGAAUUUCAUGGAGAUCGAGUGUUUUGUUUUGAUCGCAUGUCCUGAAAAUAGUGUGAUAGAUUCCAAGGAAUUUUUGAGACCGAUCGUUACCCCUUUUGAACUCGAGGUUGCACUUCAAGCUGAAGGCACUUGGAGUGGGCGAUACGUGCUAGAUUUCGAGAAAAUACUCGCUGGAGACUCUGAAAAUGAUAUUGGCACCCCUACUGAAGAUAAUGGGGGCGAUUCAGAUCAACCGACUUUCUCCUUGAUUACUGGAAAAUACCGACAAGCAAAACGCUACGGCGGCAAUGAGACCCUAACCGAGGAAACGUCAGCUGCCCUUACUCUCCGAAACCAAGAUGGUGCUCUCUCAAAAUCAGCUGAUAGUGCGGCAGCAUUGUUUCUUCACUCCCGCUCCUAUCAAGGGCUAGAAGCUAAAAUUGGAGAAGAUUCUCCAUCUGUCCUAGAGCAAGGCCGCAGUGGUAUCGCUCGUGGUUAUUCUGAUGAUCAUUCAUAAAUAUGUCGGCAUUUUGAAUAAUUUCGAGGAACGCUGUGGUAUCCCUCGAACUGUUUCGAGAAGUUACAAUGCUUUGUCAUCGAAGAGAGUUUCGAGAUCAAGGACACCGGUCGUAUCAUAUUAAGUUGUUAUCUGACGAGAGAUUCAAGAGCUCAGCUAUUACUGCUCAAUUAAACAGCAGGACCGGUGUUUGAACAUGAUUGACUGUGAAACUCCGUGGUUUGUCGAGGCCAUGUCCCGAGGAACCACAGUGUCUCAGGCGAGUUCCUGAUCAUGUAUGAACUCGGAUGUCUCAUGUUCCUAUGAAUUGCUUGUAGUGUUUGCUAUCUACAAGCUCAUCGCCGGGAUGCUUUG